AUGGACUCGCUAAAAGUGCACAAUUCCCUUAAGCCAGGGCCUCCUAUGCCCUUUGUGCCCAUGGAGCCUGGCAAGGUCUCCUGGUAUGUGUGCGGUCCUACAGUCUACGACAAAAGCCAUCUGGGACAUGCUCGAAACUAUGUGGCUAGCGAUAUCAUUCGUCGCAUCAUGAUGCAUUACUUUGGCUUCGAUGUCAAGUAUGUCAUGAACAUGACGGAUGUUGACGACAAGAUCAUCAUCAAGGCUAGAAGACAGCGUUUGUUGGACCUCGAAAAGAAGAAGACCUACACCAAGGAUGAGCUGAGGGCCCUUGGUCUCGUUGCUUUUCAAGCAUAUGCGUCGAAAAACUUGCCUCUCCUUGCAGAAGACACAUCGAAACUAAACGAAACGGACUAUACCACGCGACGAGAUGCUGCCUACGGCCGCGUGCUUUCUGGAGGCACCCUCUCCGGCGAGGGCAAGCCCAGCGACGCCGAAGCAAAGAUCAAGAUGCAUAUUGGCAACAUGGACGCCGCUGCGGAAGCCCUCAAACAAAAUGCCAUCUUCCCAGGCGCCGACGAAGUCCUUUUACCCUACCUGGACUCCCUAUACAAGGAGACGAUUGACACCAGCGAUCAGUCCAUAUUUACCGACCUGACAAAGAGCAUGGAGGCACUCUUUAUGGAGGACAUGGACAACCUCAAUGUUCUGCGACCCGAUGUUAUCACUCGUGUCACUGAAUACAUGCCGGAGAUUGCCAAGUUUGUAGAGCAAAUCGUUGAUAAGGGCUUUGCAUACGAAGCUGAGGGCUCUGUCUACUUUGACAUUGCUGCUUUCCAAAAGGCUGGCAACACAUAUGCUCGCCUAAGACCGGAAAGCAGGAAUGACAAAGCCCUUCAAGAGGAGGGUGAGGGGUCUUUGUCUACAAAUCUGGGAGGCAAGCGUGGCGCCGGCGAUUUCGCGCUCUGGAAGAAGUCUAAGGCUGGUGAGCCAUACUGGCCAAGCAAAUGGGGCGAUGGCAGACCGGGCUGGCAUAUUGAGUGCUCUGUCAUGGCCUCUGAUGUUCUGGGAUCUCGCAUGGAUGUCCACUCUGGCGGCAUUGACUUGGCAUUCCCUCACCACGAUAAUGAACUGGCACAGAGCGAGGCAUACUUUUGCCAGCAUGGUAAGGGUGAACAUACUUGGGUCAAUUAUUUCUUGCACAUGGGCCACCUUUCGAUUUCCGGAUCGAAAAUGUCCAAAUCGCUCAAAAACUUUCAGACCAUAUCGGAUGCACUCGCUACCACCUACACUCCCAGAAGCAUGCGAAUUGUGUUUCUCAUGGGCAAGUGGAACGAUGGUGUAGAAAUCUCACCGGAUAUGCGGUCCCAGGCUGACAACUGGGAGACUACUAUUAGCAACUUCUUCACAAACACGAAAUCUUGGCUUACAGAAGCUGGUGUCGAUUAUGGCGUCAAAAGCCUAUCCGUCAACCAGGAUGACUCAUCCACUGGCCUUCUUGCCGACUUAGAAAUGGCCAAGAAGGAAGCUGAGGAUGCAUUGACCAACUCCUUUGAUACCCCUCGAGUUAUGCUCGUUCUCCUCAAGUUGGUCAACACCACCAAUGCAUUUGUCAAAAAUAACAAGGACGUCAACCUCGCUCACGUCGAGGCCAUUGCUCGAUGGAUCACAAAGAUGGCUGGCAUUUUUGGCUUGGACGCCAAUGCGAACCCGCCUUAUGACGGUCUCGGCUGGGCGUCCCCGAUCGCAACUGACGUAGACCCGAAGAAGGCUGUUCAGCCCUAUGCUGAAAUCGUUGAGUCUGUCACAGCCGAAGUGUCUAAAAUCUCUAUUUCGAGCGAUGUUAUUGCCACUCUUUUAGCUCAAGAUCCCUCCAAAGACUUUGAGUCUGUCGCUGCGACUGGAUCCCGUGACAUUGAGAAGCUCUCCCUUCCGUAUAUCCGGGUCGUCUCGCAAAUCCGUGACGAACUCCGACGUGUCGUCUCAUCACAGACCCCCGAGACUAAAAAGGCCAUUCUCACCAUCACUGACCGAAUCCGGGACGUUGAUCUGACCAAUCUGGGAGUGUAUCUUGACGACCGGCCUGAUAACCAGCCGUCGCUCAUCAAGUUCAUCCCUGCUGCAGAACUUAUCCGUGCUAGGGAAGAAAAAGCUGCACGAGAGGCAGAAAAGGCUCAGAAAAAGGAGGAGGCUAGACUUGCGCGUGAAAAGGCUGAGCAGGAGGCCAAAGAAAAGGCCAAGAUCCCGCCCGAGGAAAUGUUCAAGAAGGACGAGAGAUAUAGCGCAUGGGAUGAGAGCGGUAUGCCAACGAAGAUGAAGGAUGGGAGCGACGUGCCAAAAAGCCAGUUGAAGGCGUUGAAGAAGAUGUGGGACAAACAAAAGAAGGUGCAUGAAGAGUUGAAGGCCAAGGGAGGGCUGUAG